AUGCAUCUCCAACCGCUCCUCCUCUUCCUCCAAGUCUUCACCCUUGUGCUUCCUUCUGUGGUGCCCGAUGCUCCUGCGAGCAGCGCCGGCCUCGAGCUCCUCGACCCGACUCUUCCGUCGGAGCUUCCCGCCCAGACUCCCAAAUGCACCGUGGCCGUCCUCGACCACGCCUUCGCCGUCGGCGUCGCCUCCCUUCCCAUGGUGUCCAUCAACUACACGCAGCCCCCGGACUGCUCCGCCCCCUGGACCCGCGUCGUGCUCGAGGUGGCCAUGGCGGCCUCCGGCCCCGCCCGGAAGCACCGCGUGGCAGCCGUCUGGCUCGACGGCGUGGAGAUCCUCCGCACCAGCACCCCGCCCCUCCUCACCGCCGCCGACGCGUUCUGGAGGGUGCAGAAGGACGUCACCCGCUAUGCCGCCAUCCUCAACCGGCUCGCCGGCGGCGGCACCGUCUCCAUGAUCGUCGACAAUUCCGCCGUCGAUCUCGCCGCUGUGCUCGCCGCCAACGUCUCCUUCCACUUCUACCGCGGAGAGCUCUCCGCGAGCUCGAAGCACACCGGUCAUCCCAGCGUCUGGGGGCUCUACCGUGAGCCGGCCGACCUUGUCAUCCCCAUCUCGCGAGAGCGUGGGUCUUACGGCAGCGGCUUCUGGUUCCAGAUCAGCGGUAACCCGCAGGCGGUGGCCGCGCCAGUCACCGUCCCCAGGAACACAUACAGGGCUGUGCUGGAGAUCUUCGUGUCCUACCACGCCGACGACGAGUCCUGGUACAUGAAUCCCCUCCGCUUCACGUACAAUGCCGGGGACGUGGCCGCCUCCACGGCCAACGGCGGCUUCCGGCAGCUGUACGCGACGGUCGACGGCCGGUUCGUGGGGGGACAUGUACCGUACGCUGUCAUUUACUCCAGCUCGAUCAACCCUUACUUUUGGUCACCGGUGACAGCCAUCGGCACCUUCGACAUCCCCUCCCACGACAUCGACCUGACUCCAUUCCUCGAGCUGCUGCUCGACGGGCGGCCGCACGAGCUCGCGAUCGGGGUGAAGGACGCGCAGAAGUACUGGCUGCUGUCGGCGAACCUCCACCUCUGGGUGGACCGGUGGUCCGACGCCGUGCAGGCCGGGAUAGUGGAGUACACCACGCCGACCCUGAAGGUGAACCGCAACGCCCAGUGGCACAAUCAGGACGGGCACUCGGAGGUGGACGCCGAGGGGCAGCUCCGGUUCGUGGGAUGGGUGAGCACCUCCAAGGGCAACAUGACCACCACCGUGAGGCAGAAGUUGCGGUUCAAGAGCCAGGUCUCGGUGCACAACCGCGGGGCGGUGCGGCAGGCGGACGUGGUAAACAGGGAGAAGACGACGGUGACGACGAAGAGCGGGCAGCGGACGGUGGGAAAGGUGCAGCUGCUGAUGGAAGCGCCGCUGCAGGUGCAGACGUCGGUGGUGAGGGUGGCGGGCGGGCCGACGUUCGAGAACACCCGGUUGUCGCACCAGCUGCAGGAAACGGCGUACGUGAAAGAGCUCUCGGAGGUGAGCAUGAGCACGCUGUCGGAUCGGCAGGAGGCGGAGGGGUCGGCCAUGGUGCACGAGGAGGAGGCGCAAUGGGGAAUUGCGAGCACCAGGUCGUACUACAAGUACACCGACGAGAACUCUUGCUACCUGCGAACAGUGAACGCCCAGGAGGGCGCGAUCAAGGUCGACAUGGCGAGCCGCUCGUGCUCCGCUAUCUCCGAUGCUUAG